AUGUCAAUUGGAAAGCUGUACGACGCCCCCUCUUGUCGAGUUACCCCCCUCAAGGCUCUCGUCAAGCAUUUCAAGCUCGAUGUCGACAUUGUCCAGCGGGACGCCGAGUUCGGCAAGCUCUUCCCUCUGAAGAAGGUGCCUGCUUUCGUGGCCGCCGACGGAACCCCCAUCCACGAGUUCAUUGCAAUCUCCUACUACCUCCUGUCUCAGAUCCCCAACAACCCUCUUGCCCCCAAGACCAAGGAGGACGAGGCCGAGGUUCUGCAGUGGGUUUCUUUCGGUAACCAGGAGGUCCUCGGUGCUGCCUGGGACACCUUUGGCCCUCUGACUGGCCGAGCCCCCUACAACAAGAAGUCUGUCGACGCCGCUUCCGAGCAGCUCGACAAGCUCAUUGCUCUCACCUACGAGCCCCACCUCACCAAGAACACCUACCUUGUUGGUGAGAAGGUCACCUACGCUGACGUCGCCAAUGUCGCUCUCCUGUCUCGAGGCUUCGAGUACCUGUUUGACGACGCCUGGAAGAAGAAGUACCCCGCCACUACCCGAUGGUGGCUCACCGUCUCCAAGAACGCUGUCUUCACUGGCUUCGACUUCCCCGUCACCAGCGAGCGAAUCCAGUACACUCCCCCCAAGAAGGAGGAGACCAAGAAGGAGACCAAGAAGGAGGCUGCCCCCAAGGCCGCCAACGCCGAGGACGCUCCUGCCCCCAAGAAGGCCGCCCACCCUCUUGCCGCUCUCGGCCCCGCCAAGGAGCCCAUUGACAACUGGAAGCGAGUCUACUCCAACGAGGAUACCCGAGAGAAGGCUAUUCCCUGGUUCUGGGAGCACUACGACCCCGAGGACUACUCCCUGUGGAAGGUGAAGUACAAGUACGACGAUGAGCUGACCCUCACCUUCAUGUCCACCAACCUUAUUGGUGGCUUCGUCAACCGACUGUCUGCCUCCACCAAGUUCAUGUUCGGUACCGCUGUUGUCUACGGAACCAACAAUGACAACGGUAUCAUCGGUGCCUUCAUGAUCCGAGGUCAGGACCACGUUGCUGCCUUCGACGUUGCUCCCGAUUGGGAGUCUUACGACUUCACCAAGCUCGACCCCUCGAAGCCCGAGGAUAAGGAGUUUGUUGACAACAUGUGGGCUUGGGAUAAGCCCGUUGUCACUGCUUCUGGCGAGUCCAAGGAGAUUGUUGAUGGUGCCGUUCUUAAAUAA